CGAGGAAGUGGAGCUGCUGUUGCCCCCGAGUAAACCGCUGCAGCUGGGAAGUACAAGAAAUGGCGUCAGGGGAUUCAAGAACAGAGCUAAAGCUGGUUCUGCUGGGCCGGGCGGGCGCAGGACAGAGUUCAGCGUGUAGCACCAUACUUGGCCUGCAAGGCUUUGGUUCCCAGCAUGCCCCCGAGGAUGCUGUCAUCCAGGAAUGCCACAAACACAAGGGGGAUGUUGCGGGGAGGCAGGUAAUAGCAGUCACUACUCCAGACUGGUUCAGUUCGGGCUGCAACCCAGAAGAAGCGAGACACCACAUCUCCUCAUUUGUUGCCUUUUCCACCCCCGGUCCCCAUGCCUUCCUGCUGUGUGUCCCAGCGAACCAGCCUGCCGACGGGGAACCCAAGGCGCUCGACGCCCUGGAGAAGAUAUUCGGCCCCUCUGCUGUCAGUGGACACACCAUUGUGCUCUUCACCCAGACAGAUGAGCUGGACGAGGGUGAACAGCUGGAGGAACACCUCAUUACACAGCGCAAGGAUCUCCUGGAGCUUGUGGAAAGAUGCGGCGACCGCUUCGACACCUUGAAAAAGGGGAGCAGCGAAGAGGAGGAGAGGAAGACCGUGGAGGAGCUGCUGGAGAAAGUCGAACAGGCAGUGAAGGAGAGUGGGACUGAGCACUUUAGCUGCCCUCUCUACCAGGAGGCCGAGGCUAGGGUGAGACAGCGACAGGAAGAGAUAGUGAGAGAGAACAGGGAGCGAUCUGGAACGGGAGAGGAGGAGGUAGACGGUCAGGAAGAUCCAGCAGGCCGACAUCCAAAAGAAGACACCGAUGACAGAGACAUGGAAAAAGCGAGGGAGGAGGCAGAGAGAAGCAUAAAUGACCUAAGUGUGGAUAUAGAUAAUAUUUUCCCUUCCACCUCGGUUUCCGCUUCCCACCUUCCUCCCUCUUUUCUCUGGGGUUUGUGGGAGAUGCUGACAGGAUGGAUGAAAAGGUUGCCUAAACUCGUGAGAAAGGAGGCUCUCCUGGGGUCCCUGCUCGGCUUGUUUGUUGGCGGGCCAUUCGGGGGGAUGCUGGGAGCCACUGUUGGGUCGAUAGCCACUGAGGUGGGGAGGAGGAAAACACAAAAAAAUAAAUGAAAACCUUUGAGAGGGAGCUAACGUCCCCAGCUGAUAUUACAGCGUUUGCAUAAAGUCGCACCUUAAAGUCAUUUCACUGCAUGGCACCUCCCAGUGUAUCCCUAAACUACUGGCUUGCACACGUUAAAACGUAUAUGAUAUGAUGAGUGUUUAACCAAUAACCAACAAUGCCUGUUCUUAAGUUGUACCCAUUCAGCGUUGCAGAUGUUUUAAGUAGCAGUAACGAGUCACGACCACUGGGUGGCGACAUUGACCCUAGAUGGCAAACGCUGACGCUCUUGAGUUGAACCAAGUUAAUUUACUGCUUACCCAAGCAAAUAAAAGCCGCU